AAUUAUGGUUGGUUUAUUGGGAUUAUUUCUUCUCUAGCUGCAGAAGGUGGUAGGGUCUUGAGACCUGGCCUCGCCUUGGAAAGGUUAACUUCCUGUUCUCAACUUGGGAAAGUAUUGCCCCAAUGAGAAUGGGAAUUGCGUGGAGACCUUCUCCAACCUCCACCUUGCCCCAGUAUGAAAAGGUAGGGACAGGGUAGGAAUGUGAUACACUGCUAAGAGACACAACUGUAUGCUUCUCAGUUCCCCAGGCCCCCCCUCCCCUCAGCUCUGAGAUGAUGCCCUUAGGUGGGAAGGAUCUAAUCCUCUAGAAAUUUGGGCAGCAAGAGAGGCAGCUGCUACUCCCACAAACAAGUCUUAGAUCUUUUCCCUCAGUUCUCUGCUAAGUCUGUGAGGGUGAGGAGAGAGUUCCAGACUCACUCCUUUGCCCUGAUAGGCACCCUGAAGGGACCUGGCCUUAAGACUGCUCCCAAGGGUGGCCCUAGCCUGGUGGCAGGCAGGCAAGGGUUAAAAGGUGUGGGCCGGCCCAGUUCCUGGCCAGGUAGGCUGGGUCAUUACCUAGUGGGAGGAGGCCAAGGCAUAUUCCACUGCUGCUCACUGCCACUACCAGCUGGAGCCAGGGCCUGGUCGAGACAACUAUUUUUUUGAGGUACCUGUGGCUGCCCCAUACUACUCUUUGGUAUUGGCAAGACUCCUGGCUGUGGCCCAUGGGCCUCUGAGGAGGCGUUAUAAGUCUGCCCAGCUCCCCACUUGCUGUGCUCCCAUUCAAUGGGAAGGGAACCAAGGUACCAAGGUCAAGUGGGUCCAAAUAGCCACACCCAUUCUGAGAGGGGAGGUCAAGCAGACCUUGUCCAGUCAUCAGUCACGGCCUCUUGACAGCACCAGGAUGGAAGUCAAAGGUCAGCUGAUCAGCUCUCCUACCUUCACUGCCCCAGCUGCCCUGUUUGGAGAGGCUGCCCCCCAGGUGAAGUCAGAGCGUCUGCGAGGGCUGCUUGACCGGCAACGUGCACUUCAGGAAGCCCUGAGCCUAAAACUUCAGGAGCUCCGCAAAGUGUGUCUCCAGGAGGCGGAGCUAACUGGCCAACUGCCCCCUGAAUGCCCGCUAGAGCCUGGUGAACGGCCCCAGUUGGUCCGCCGGCGCCCCCAUGGAACCCGCGCCUACCCUCCAUCACAUUCCAACCCAGCACACCACUCCUUGUGCCCUGCUGAGGAACUGGCUCUUGAUGCCCUGGAGCGUGAGGUGUCAGUGCAGCAGCAGAUCACAGCAGCUGCCCGCCGCCUGGCUCUGGCCCCUGAGCUGAGUGCUGAACAGCGCCGGCGUCGGUGCCAAGUCCAGGCAGAUGCGCUACGGAGGCUGCAUGAGCUGGAGGAGCAGCUCAGGGAUGUCCAGGCCCGCCUUGGCCUCCCAGUGCUCCAGCCAUCCCAGCCACUGCCGCUGUCCACGGGGGCAGUGAUCAACACCCCGGGAGUCUGCCUGGGGAUGCGCCUCACUCAACUCAGCCAAGAGGACAUGGUUCUGCACUCAGAGAGCAGCUCCCUCUCAGAGUCUGGGGCCAGUCAUGACAAUGAGGAGCUCCGUGGCUGCUUCUCACUGGCUGAGCGCCCCUCACCACCCAAGGCCUGGGACCAGCUGCGGGCAGUAUCUGGGGGAAGCCCUGAACGCCGAAUCCCAUGGAAACCACCCCCAUCAGAUCUUUAUGGGGAUCUAAAGAGCCGGCGGAACUCUGUGGCCAGCCCCACCAGCCCCACACGCUCACUGCCCAGGAGUGCCUCCAGUUUUGAAGGGCGAAGUGUGCCUGCCACCCCUGUCCUCACUCGGGGCACUGGCCCCCAGCUCUGCAAACCUGAAGGCCUCCAUUCUCACCAGUGGUCCGGCAGCCAGGACUCCCAGAUGGGCUUCCCCCGGGCAGAACCUGCCUCUGAUCGGGCCUCCCUCUUCGCAGCUCGCACCCGCCGUAGCAACAGCUCAGAGGCACUGCUAGUGGACCGGGCAGGUGGUGGGGGAGCUGGCUCCCCGCCUGCCCCUCUGGCUCCUCCUGCUGCUGGCCCCCCGGUCUGCAAGAGCAGUGAGGUGCUGUAUGAGCGUCCCCAACCAACCCCUGCCUUCUCCUCCCGCACUACUGGCCCCCCAGACCCUCCCCGAGCCGCCCGGCCUAGCUCAGCUGCCCCUGCCUCCCGAGGGGCCCCCCGGCUCCCACCUGUGUGUGGAGACUUCCUUUUGGACUGUUCCCUGGACCGGGGCCUGCCUCGUGGUGGCACGGGAGCAGGCUGGGGGGAGCUGCUGCCUGCAGCUGAGGUCCCAGGGCCUCUCUCUCGCCGGGAUGGGCUCCUUGCCAUAUUCCCUGGCCCACCACCUGUGUAUGCAGCUGAUGGUAGUAGCCCCCUCCUCUGCAACAAGGACCCCCACACCCGUGCCACCCGCACCAAGCCCUGUACCCUGCCCUCAGAGGCUGCUGAGGGUCCAGAGAUUCAUCCAAAUCCUCUGCUGUGGAUGCCACCACCCAGCCGUAUCCCUCCAACUGGUGAACGCGGUGGCCACAAGAACCUUGCACUGGAGGGGCUGCGGGACUGGUACAUGCGCAACUCCGGACUGGCCGCGGGGCCCCAGCGCCGGCCUGUGCCCCCCCACAUGGGCCUGCCACACCCACCCUUCCAUACCCGCUGCUAUGAGGUGGGCCAAGUGCUGUAUGGGACCCCCAGCCAGAUGCCACUCCCACACUCGAGGAGUUUCACGGCGCCCCCUGUUUCCGGCAGAUACUACGCGGAUUUCCUGUAUCCCCAGGAGCUGAGCGCUCGUUUAAGUGACCUGACGCUAGAGGGGGAGCAGUCCUCCAGUUCUGACCCCCAGACCCCAGGGACUCUGGUCUGACCCCUUCUGACAUGCCCUUUGCUGGCCUGGGCAUGACUCCAGUCUGGGGAGCACGCAGCUGACCUCGCUGAGCCCUGGGUAUGGUUGCUGUCAGUCCUGGGUGGGUGCCAACCUAAUCUUCCAAGGACUCUGGCUCCCUGUGGGGCCAAGAAGGUGUCCGACACCCUGUUCUCACACUGUGUUGGAGACUGGGGGUCCUCAGCCAGCUUAGAAGAGGGGGAUGAUGUCAUGGGGACUCUAAGCUCCUUCCUCCAUUUCUGUUUACAGUUGUGAUUUAGGUAUUCACUGUCUUCCCCCAACACUAGGCAUUUUAUAAAAGGGAAACUGUGAUCUUGUCCUGGUUGGGUUCAUUCCUAUUCUCAUGCCCAGUCUGUUCCCUUCAGGACCACCCACUCCCCCAAAUGGACCAUAUAGUCUCAGGGCCCUGUUUGGGGCAGCCAGGAGACUAUUGUGAAUACAACUCCCUGCCAUCCCCUACCAGGGCAGUUAUCGGGGAAGUGGGCUAUAUGCCCCUGGCCUCUGCCAUGACCAUCCCUAAUCAGGAGGCCCUAUAGUAGAGGUGAAGGGCAGAGCCUUCAGGUGUGUUGUAUCCUGGGAUGCUGUGGAGGUUGAACCUGACAUCUAGUAGAUGCCAAUAAAAUCCUCAGGUGAUGUCUUGCCAUGGGCCACGUCACAUCUUCCUUGGCUUUCCGUCACCACUUUUUAAACAAAUCCACACAAGCUGUGUUUUCUAUAAUCUGUCUGUGACUUUCUGGAAAUGGGGGUUCCCCUAUCCCCCUUACCUGGUGUUAAACUUUUCUUUUUGUACCAAUGGAUCUGGGUCCAAGACACUACCCACACUGGAAGAGGAUUUCUAUAAUAAAUGUGUAAACUGAACCCAUGUAUUGCUGCUCCUCUAUUGGCCUUGCCUUGAGGGCCCACACCCUUAAUUAGGAGCAGAUAAUAUGUUUUUACAGGAAAAAACAACACCAUGGCUUGGCCUGGUGCCUCAUGCCUAUAAUCCCAGCACUUUGGUAGGUCAGGAGUUCAAGACCAGCCUGGAUAACAUUAACAAGACCAUGAAUCUACAACAAAACAAAAAGAUAUAAAUAUAGUGGCAUUGGGUGGCAACUGUGGCUCAGUGAGUAGGGUGCUGGUCCCAUAUUCCGAGGGUGGCGGGUACGAACCUUGCCCUGGCCAAACUGCAACAAUAAAAAGUAGCUGGGCGUUGUGGCGGGCACCUGUAGUCCCAGCUACUUGGGAGGCUGAGGCAAGAGAAUCGCCUAAGCCCAAGAGCUGGAGGUUGCUGUGAGCUGUGACACCACGGCACUCUGCCGAGGGCGACAAAA